GUGCGUUGGUUCCGGGCAGUAAGAUGGCGGCCCCCUGAGGAGACAGUGCGAGAAGAAGGAGUCCGGCGAAGUUUUGCUGUCCUCAUGUGAAUAACCAGGAGAAUUUGAAGCUUCCAUGUCUUUUCUGGACUGUUACUGCCUUUCCCGGACGACAAUAGAAUCAAUUGACAAUGUGGGCCAACCAGACCAUUUGCAUCUUAGUGAUGAAUUUUCAACCUAUGCAGUCAGAGAUGCAGAGAUGAUAUACACAGCCAGUGCCAGUCACUAUGAGCUUCUUUCUGAACUAGGUAAGACUUUUUGUAACCGAACCAGAAUGACCCUGGCGAGGCACAUUCCAUCGGGAAACAUGGUGGUUGUUAAACAGACUAACAUGGACAUUUGUUCAGAAGAGAAUCUGUCCUUGCUCCAGAAUGAACUACUGUUCUGGCGACUGUUCCGGCACCCUAACAUCUUGCCGCACAGAGCUGUGUUCACUGAGGGCAGUGAGCUGUGGGUCAUCACACCAUUCACAGCCUAUGGUUCUGCCAGGGGCCUCCUGAAGUCGUAUUUUACUGAAGGCAUGAAUGAAAGCCUUAUUUCACAUAUACUUUAUGGAGUCAUAAAGGCACUGAAUUACAUUCACCAAAUGCGAUGUAUUCAUAGAAGUGUAAGACCCAGCAAUAUUCUGAUAUCUGGGGAUGGGCAUGUUUACCUCUCUGGGCUCCAUGGUCUGUGCAGCAUGGUAACAGAGGGGCGAAGAUCAAAGUUUGUUCACAAUUUUCCAGAGUUCAGUGCUUCUAUUUUGCCAUGGCUGAGCCCUGAAGUUCUUCAACAGGAUUUGCACGGGUAUGAUGUGAAGUCUGAUAUCUACAGUCUUGGGAUUACAGCAUGCGAGCUGGCUAGAGGCCAGGUUCCCUUUCAGGGUAUGCGUCCUACCCAGAUGCUUCUCCAGAAGUUGAAGGGCUCCUUGUGCAUGUUGGACCUCACUUUUCCUCCAAGGGAACUCAGGAUGAAGAACUCCUGCUCCGGCAUGGACUCCGGCAUCGAUGAGAGUGUUGCUACCAGCAGUAUGAUGAGAACAAACACGAGUGAACAAUCCCAGAGUGCCAUGUGCAGAAACCUCUCUGCAAACUUUCACAACUUUGUAGAGCAGUGUCUGCAGAGACAUCCGGAGAAUCGACCAACAGCAAGGGCCUUGUUAAAUCACUCAUUCUUCAAACAGGUGAAAAAACAGACCAGAGCAAUGCUGCUGAAUCUCCUUCUACCAGCGAUGCCCCUGUCUAGUGCUCGAGCCACGGCAGAGACUUCACAGCAAAAUGGAAACGCUCCCAUCAGUCCCAUGCAGGAACUGGACGAUGACUGGGACUUUUAACCAAAUCUCUUUGUUUUUUUUUCCAACCUCUUCUCUCACCUUCAAAAUAUACACACAUACAUGCACAAUACAACAUUGCGUUUAUACAGCGCCUUUUCCAGGGCGCUGGGACAAGAUUGAGUUGGUUAAAUGGGAACCACUUGCUUUGUAGUUGUUGCCGGUGUAUCAAUACAAGAAGUGAUUCAAGCCAGAGAAUCUGAUGCACAGAAUUAGGCCACUCACUGUAUGAGUUACAUGUCACUGAACACCCGUGAUUUGCACUUCAGGAAUUCAGCACUGUAUACUGAGAGCAGUCGUUUAUCCAGCUUGAUCCAAAUUCAUUGUGGUACCCAUUUGGAGCAAUGUCACCAUUACAAGUGGUGAUUUUUAUACUCAAGUGUUGAGACAUGUCCUUGAAUGGUGCUGUGGGAUCUCAGCUUUGCCAAGGUGCCCAAACUGGCUAUAUGUACAAAUGUAAUAUUUUUAGAAUGUGUCCCUUUUAUUUUCUUGCAGGAACAGUGUUAUAACCAGUCUGGAUGUAUUAUUAAAGAAAGGACUAGGCAGCCCAGUGGUGCAGUGUGUUGGUGUAUUGAUGAGAUAUGUCUUAGAAAGAUUUUUAGCUGUACGUCUCCACAAGUUGUGCUCCUGAGCUUAUUGGGAAAGGGGUGGAUGAGCAUAGAGAGGAAAAUAGAGAAGAAACCGAAAGAUAAGUUAGCUAGAGAUGUCUCCUCAACUCCAGUUGCAGAAUAUGGGAAGAUGGAGAAUUGGGGAAAUGUCUCUCAAACUGUAGAAUGAUACAAUUUUUAUUUGUUUCCAUUUAAAAUGGGGGAAGAGUAACCAUAUUCUCAAAGCUCUCAUCCAAACAGAAUGUAAAAUGUUUUAUGCCAUUUAUAGCUUCCAUAUGUUAAAUGGGGAGAAGGAGAGCACAGUCCAGAGGUGUUUGCACUGUUUGCUUUCACCAGUUACUACAAGUAUAUAUACCACAGUGCCUUCAGUCUAUUUUAACAUGGAAUGCACGCAGUAUUACAAAAUGUGGUUGGAGUGAAUGUAUUGGGAAUGGAGCAAGAGUUUCACCUAACUUUUAUCUUGGCGUGCAGGUUAAACUGGACAAAUCAAAAAACAUGUUUCUUCAGGUAACAACACUACUUUGCUGCUAUUUUCAGCAGAUCAUGUCUGUAUGAGGAGCACAAUUUGAAAAUAAAUACUUAAAUGAAUAAAAUAUAAAUGUUUGCAGU